AGUUGUGUUAUUUUUUGCAUGAUUAAGAACAGGUGGACUGGUCACAGGUGAAAAUACUAUUGGUUCACUAAAAAAAUGAAAGACCUAUACAUUUCAUCUACGAUUUAUGAAACCACCUUGUCUACCUAUUUUCCACAACUAGUCUGCUAUCAGAAUACACUCUGCUGCAGUUUGGUUGCUUUGAAUUUUGGAAAGAAGCCUCUUGUCAAAUCUGCCCUUCUCUCACUUCAAGCUGUAAACUGAGCUGUAGCCCCCCUUUCCCUCCCCUUCCAAAGCUGGGUGUUCCCUGCUCUCUUAUAAUGCAAACUGAAGUUCACACAGCUUCUCACUACAUACAGCUGACAAAAUGCAGUGGAUGUACUUUCAACUUUUAUUCUUUUUACUCUCUGUAGGACAUUCUGGAUGUCUCUCAGAAGAAGAAAAGAAUGGAAUUCUUUUCCUACACAACAAGUUACGUGGUGCGGUCAGCCCCGGAGCUACCAACAUGCUGGCUAUGAGCUGGAAUGCCACCUUGGAGGAUAUUGCAACUGAGUAUGCAAAGAAAUGCAUCUGGGAACAUAGUGAGGAGUCUAAAUAUUUAGGAGAAAACCUAUAUAUGACAAGUGGGAGUCUUAAUGUAACUCGAGCGGUAAAGAGUUGGUUUGAUGAGUACAUGGACUAUAACUUUGAAAAAAUGGAAUGCACACCUAACAAAAUGUGUGGACACUACACUCAGGUGGUCUGGGCUGAGAGCUCGCAGGUUGGGUGUGGGGCUUUCUUCUGUGAGUCUGUAACUGGCAUGAACAAGCCAAAGCUCUCCAUACUGGUCUGCAACUAUUACCCACAGGGCAACUAUAUAGGAGAAUCUCCAUACAUCCCUGGCUCUUCCUGUUCUGCCUGUCCGGCAGGCCAUACUUGUCUGGAUGCACUGUGUGAGAUUCCAGGUGUUUCUGAACCAACUACAUCAUUCCAAACCUUUAUGAGUACCACUCGGUACCCUGAAGUUUAUCAAGAUUCAGCCAGCACAGGAAGUACCAUGGAGCUCCUUGAAUAUUAUGAGGAGCCCAUAGGUUCAACAGACUCGGGCAGCACCCCUCAGUACUUUGAGAGCACCACUGAACUGCCUGAGGAGCCCACAGACUCAAAGAGCACAGUCAGUCCCAUUAAAGUGUCCACGGAGCCCACAGACUCAAAGAGCACAGUCAGUCCCAUUAAAGUGUCCACGGAGCCCACAGACUCAAAGAGCACAGUCAGUCCCAUUAAAGUGUCCAAGGAGCCCACAGACUCAAAGAGCACUGUCAGUCCCAUUAAAGUGUCCAAGGAGCCCACAUACACAAGCAAGGACAUCAACAUGCCAUCGUCGGAUCAAAUGUUCACUAUUGUGAACAACAACCUCACCAAUCUAGAUAAGGAACAGCUGACAGUCCAAAAAGAUUGUGCAGCUAUGAAUGCUCCGUGUUGUUUAGUGAUACUCAUCCAACUUUUUGUCCUAAUUAUGCAUUAAAUGUGAACCCCUAUCGCCUGCCAAUGAACUCCUUUGGGUGUGGCAGAGAACAGAGAAGACAGCUAUCCUCCUUGAGACGCAUGUGACUUUCAAACUGUGGAAUGAGGAUGAAUGGAUUGUUAAGAGCCAGUCCAAAGCUGGCAGAGGAACUAAUGUUUUAGACGACGAGUCAGUAGCUGACUGACUGACUAGUAUGUAAAUGUCUUCAAAAUCUGGCUUACUAAGAAGUUGUGAAAUCCUGGUGGAAAUCAUUUGACCAUCAUAGUGGAAUGCUUUGCCUUAAAUGGCCCUCACAGAGUGCCUGCAUCUUUGUAAAACAUAGACUAUCUAUUAGUGAUCUAAAUUUUUGUACAGUGGGUAUUUGUCACAAUGAGACACAAGUAAAUAUAAUGUUAAAAUGUAAUAAAAAAAAUCAGAUAAUCUCAUUCAGUCAAUGCUCCAUUGUUACUAUGAAUCUUAAGAUAUAACAGAUACCAACAGAUAGGUGAGGGUUAAUAUGGUGGCACAGUGAGUA